GUGAAAAACCAUAUAAAUCCAUCAACUCAAACUUACUCUUUGACCCUUUUGUAAACAAGCCAAGCCUUGAAUAACACUCAAUUGGGCACAAAAGAAAUCCUUUGACCCUUCGUGUCUUGUCACUUACAAUGGCAUUAAGAUUACCAUUCAUUCUAGUUUUGUUGUCAGUUAUGGGAGUUAUCUUCGCAACCGAGGAUCCGGCGAAGGACCGAGAGGAGUGUACCGAGCAGCUGGUGGGGCUGGCGACUUGCCUUCCUUAUGUUGGUGGCCAAGCCAAAGCCCCCACACCUGACUGCUGCAGUGGUCUCAAACAAGUCCUCAAGGACAACAAGAAGUGCUUGUGUGUUGUCAUUAGAGACCGCAACGAUCCCGACUUGGGCCUGCAGAUCAAUGUCACUCUUGCCUUGAGCCUGCCUUCUGUUUGCAAUGCCCCUGCUAAUGUCUCUAAAUGUCCAGAACUUCUGAAGAUGGAUCCUCAUUCACCGGAAGCUCAAGUUUUCUAUCAGUUAGAGAGAAACUCUACUAAGACUGACAGUAAUCCUUCUCCAAGUCCUUCAGCUGGGGGUCAUAUUAGUGGCAAAAGCAAAGGGUUAAGCGCAAGCAGCGGCAGCGGCGGCAGGAGCGGGAAGAAGAGACUGGAAUGGAAAGCCAUUAUUGGAAGUGUUCUGCUUUCGGAGGUUAUGAGUUUGCAGUGGUUCAUGUAGACAGUUGAAAAAUGGAUUGUCACUCUUCAUUUUCAAUCUUGUACACUUGUUUGUUGUGAGGAGUUUCACUUGGUUCCUUGCACGUCUGUGUUCUCACAUCUUUGAAUAAAUAUCAAAAGGAAAAUGA